AGCGACUCUCACAAACUCGACUUAAGGAUGUCUUCAGCUGCCCCAGCCAACCAAGCCUUCGCAAAGAAGAACAAAGGUUCAGAAGGUAUCAACUCAAAGCUCCAACUUGUUGUCAAGUCUGGAAAGUACACCCUUGGUUACAAGUCAGCACUCAAGCAAUUGAGAUCAGGCAAAGCUAAGCUCGUCCUCAUUGCUGGUAACUGCCCACCACUCCGCAAGUCAGAGCUCGAGUACUUUGCUAUGCUUUCAAAGACCGCUGUCCACCACUACUCUGGAUCUAACGUCGCCCUCGGUACCGCAGCUGGUAAGCUCUUCCGUGUUGGUGUUCUCACUAUCCAAGACCAAGGUGACUCUGACAUUCUCGCUUCAUUCGAAUAAAUGUUGUGAUUUGUUUGGUCGUGUCUUUGAUGCAUUAGAGUCGUGUAUUCU